AUGGCGCUACAGAGACAGUGUCCAUCCUCCCCUUCGACAGGGCUCCAAUUAGCCGCCAUCGCAGUGGCUGUGCUCUGCCCUUGGCUAGCUGUCAGCGUGCCGCUCAGUGAUUGGCACAGCGGCAUUGCUACAAAUUACGGAGGGGCUCAGGACGGCAUGAACCCGUAUGAUCCCAGCUUCGGAACCAAAGAGGGAGCUUGUGGGUACGGGAUGUUGGACAAGAACAGUUAUCCGUUCUGGAGUGUGGCAGCGUUCUCACUGACAAAUUCCUUCUCGGUGGCCGGCCCAGCCAAGGCGUGUGGCCAGUGCUAUGAAAUAAAGUGCGUGGACAUCGGAGGGCCGUUUGGGGGGCGCUGCAGUAAGGACUCGAAUCAGAGGUCGGUCAUCAUAACUAUCACGGACGUGUGCCCUGAGUGCGCGACGGACCACAUAGACAUGCAAGCCCUCACCUUCAAUAAGAUUGCUCCGAUGGAGGUUGGAAGGAUUGACAUCAUGUACCGGAGAGUGGAGUGCACACCGCCAGAGCCGCUGCUGGUGGACAUCAACCACAACAAUGGCCCAGGCGCCUGGCUGCGCAUCGUGGUGUCGAAAGCUGCGGGCUAUGGAGGCAUCAAGCUGGUGCAGAUGAAGGGGUCUGACAGCGAUUGGAUGGGCAUGAAUAACAAGUAUGGGCAGGCCUGGGAAGUGCCCGUCACCCCGCGCCUGCCCUGGGACUUCCGCAUGGUCAGCGAUGACUCGCAGGAGGUGACUGCUUUGGGAUUGAUUGACAGCCAGGGAAAGACCGGGGAUGUGCCGACGAAUGUGCAAUUCGCGCUCAAGGGGGGUGCUGUGUCGGAAUUUUGA